AUGUGGAGAUCUGCGAAGUCUUCGUAUUCGAGGUAUUGCUUGGAAAUGGCCGAAAUCUUAUGCAAGUGCUUGAAAGACCCGUACCGUGAAAAGGCGCUCGCAAGAUACAAGUUGAAUGUGAAACAGACGGAUUACACCAACGGUGUAGCUCAAUCACCACAGUUACGCGUAAACUUCGACGACGCCUUUGGGUCUAAGGGACCAGCACAAUGA